AUGGCUGAAAACAUGGUAAAUUUGACCAAAAACAUUAUUCCUGAAAGCACUGGUGUUAUUCUGCUCAUCGACCACGAUGCUGCAUCAGUCGCAUCUCUCAUUCCAAUGCUUAAACAACGAUCGCAUAAAGAUGUUAUGACUGUGAAUGGAGCAAGCGAGGCUAUAUUGGUGAUCGAAAAACAAAAAGAUAUUGGACUUGUUAUAGCCAACGUUGAACUGUCCGACUCAAAUGAUUUUCUCACUGCUAUGCACCACAAAGAAAUUCCUCUUAUACAAAUACACAUUAAGGAAACAUCAGAUCUUUUGACAAAAAGAGCAUGUUAUUGUCUGAAGAAGCCAAUUUCUGAAAAUGACAUCGACAACAUGUUUCAACUUGUGUUACCUAAUAAAAAGCAAGAGUGGGAGAAAAUCAACGUAGCUGAAAAACGAGAAAACAUUGUGGAAGAACGUAUGAAGCAGAUGAAAGCUUUCAGAGACCACAUAAAGAGGCAGGGGACAAGUCAGUCAUCUUUGUUAGGAAGACGACCACUCAACAAAACAUUCACAUUUUCUCAAAUGUACCAAAAGGGAAAAAGCAUAGUAGAUGUUGAGACACGCAUGAAUGUAUGGACUCGUGACCGUCACAUGAAGUUUUUAGCUGCUAUAUCCUUCUUGGGUGAAAAAAAGUCUCGUCCCAAAGCCAUAUUGGAGAUCAUGAAUGACUCAAACUUAUCUCAACGCCAAGUUGGUAGCUAUCUUCAGAAAUACAAGUUUCAAGUUGAGAUAAUUAACAAAACAUUGACAAGGAAUGAAUGGAAAUCCACGGAUAAAACAUAUGAAUAUCCUUCAGAUUAUGUAUAUCCUUUCAAAGCUUCUAACCUAGCGAAGAAUUUCAUUGAAAAUUCAUUUAAAAGAUCUGCUGCUGAGAAGAAGGACAAAAUGCCAAAGUUUCAUAUAGGAGAAGCAUUGGGUCUGCAUCACACACUUUCUGGUCCAAGUGUUGGUGCAUCCAAUUUAGAUGCAUUCCAAAAGGAAUCUGCUGAGAUUUGUAUUUCUCAAUCUAAUCCUAACCCUUCUCAACCAUCUAGCUAUGUUCUUGAAACCAAUAAGAACCCACUAGAUAUGAACCAAAUGGGUAGGGUUUCUUUUGGAGAAAAUCAUGGUCUUUCUCAAGAUAUGGUUUUCAAUGGAACUAAAUCAAACCAUUUGGGUUUGGUUUCUGGUGAAACAAGUCAUAUUGAAACCCCACUUGAAACCGAUAUAAACCAAAUGGAUUGGGACUGGUUUUUUUCUGACGAGGCUUAUGCUAUUCUUGAUGAAGAUUUGACUGUUUCUGAAACCAAUAUAAACCAAGUGGGUUUGGUUCCUGGUGAAACAAGUUUUGCUGCGUUGGACAAUGUAGCUCCUCCUGAAAAUAAUACCAACGAGAUAGGGUUGGUUCCUAACCAGGAAGGUAAUGGUGAUAUUCCAAUUGAAGAUCUGAUUUCGUUUGAUACUGAUAUCAUCAACGAUAUGGACGACUUGGACGCUUGGUUGGAAAACUAUGAUUCUUUUCAGGGAGAUGUUCCUUUGCCUGCGAUUUGCAACGACCAUGAUCUUGCCUUCACCUCGACUACAAGCCAGCAUCAAAAUAUAGAAGCCGCAAAUCCAAGUGAGGGUACAGAAGGAGGCAAUCAUAUGGAUGAUGAUUCUGAUGAGAACCUGGAUUGGAUCGACGAUAUUUUUACAUGA